CACCUCUACACGUCUCCCCCUCCACUUCCACGUUCACCACCGCCAUCACCACCACCACCACUCACCACCCACCUCACCCACCUCACCCACCCCACCCACCUCACCCACCCCACCCACCUCACCCACCCCACCCACCUCAACCCUCCACCUCUCAAUCACACAAGCACCCACCCCACACCACAACAAUGGCGCGCAAACGCAAGAACGCAUCCAGCAACCCCACCUCGUCGUCCAAGCACCCCAAGCACCCCACCCACAAGCGACCGCGCACAUCUCUGGACAAAGACGAGGGCUCAGAUGAAAACGGCAGCAGCAUUAAAUUCCCCCAAGCAGGCGGUUACAUCGACGCCACCACCGGGCAGCGGGGUGCCUUCCCCGGCCUCGACACGUUCGCGGGCGGCGACGACGACUUCUACGGGCCGCCCUCCGACGGGCUCGAGUACCUACGCAUGGUCCGCAGUGAGGCGCGCGGCGUGCCAGAGCUGCUGCUCGCGCCGCACGUGAGCAGUUCGCACCGGCCGCCGGCAGCGAAGCCACAGCGGGAGGCGGAGGAUGUGGUGCUGAAUUACGACGAGCCCACGGCCGCUUCCGGGGAGGGGGAGGGGGAGGGGGGGGAGCACUGUUACUUUGCGGAAAGUACCUAUGUGUCGCUGCACCCAUCGCCCGCGCGCUCCGCGGCACCGGCGUUCCACGCGCCGAUCCUGCGCCUAUUCGUUUCGCUGCGGGGGCGGCUAUCUUCCACGCCGCCGCGGGGGGCCGCUUCGCGGCCGUUCCCGCGCUGGAGCGAUGCGAAAGCCUGGCGCGCGCUGGUGUCGACGCAGCCGCCGAGGCUGGGCUGGGUCUGGAGUAUGCAGCAGUGGGAGGUUGUGAGGUUGCUGGGAGAUGUGGCCGGCUGGAUCGGCUGGAGGAUGAGGGUUAGGAAUGCGCGCGGUAGGGGGAUGCCGAAAAAUUGGGGCGCGUGGUGUUGGGCGCUACUGCUGAGGUGUCAGGAUGUUAUGGUUGCUGAGGAGGUGGCGGUUGUGAGGGAGCUGGGCAAGGUUGCGGUGGGGAUGAGGAGGGGGAUGAUGGUUGGGGAGCGGGAGGGGGAGGGGGAGGGGGAUGAAGGGAAGGAGGCGAAGGAGGCUGAGGAAGGAGAUGGCGCGGAGACAGAAGAGACAAAGGUGGAGGUGAGCAGCAAGGCCGAAGAAGCAAAGGAGUCUGAGCAGGAAGUCGAAGAGGGAGUCGAAGAGGAAGGCGAAGUCGUCGAGCCUAAAAAGCCCGAAAUCGAGUUCUACAGCGUUGAGGACUCGAUCGGCAUGCUGGAUAUGAUCAUUUCUGUCGUGGGUGAUUUCUUCGGACAGAGAGACCUGUUGGAGGAGAGGGCUGCGAUGGGCAGUCGAUGA